UUUUGCAAAAAAAAUGACAGUUGUUGUAUGGUAUGAAGAGAUCUUUUUCCCUCUGAUAUGUGUUCCAUAGCCAUAAAACUUCAUGCUAAUGGUAUCUUGCAUCUGUUUAUAGGCAUGUUGGGAUGGUUCUUUGCUAGAUCUGGCCCUUUCUCUUUGCCUGGUUCCACAUUUAGAUUCCAUGCUUAUUCUCUGAAGACCAAAAUUUGAAUUUGUUAGGUACUUUUUUCCCUUUAUAGGACUCCGUUCAUUUCCACUGAUAUUGUUGAGAUUGAGAUGUUUGCAGUGAUUAUAUGUUACAAUGGAUUCCCUAGACGCUUCAAAAAUAGUGCACAGCAGAAUCCAGAAAUUGGAAUCAGAGACUGUUACCCAGAAAAUUAUAGGGUAUAUUUUGUUACAGGAUAAUGGUGACCGGGAAAUGAUUCGGUUGGCUUUUGGGCCAGACAAUUUACUCCACAAGUUGAUACAGAAAGCCAAACUUCACCUUGGGUUAGUCUUAAAACCACCUGUUUCACCUCCUAUUUCACCUUCUAUGAACCCAUCUUCCAUUCCGGAUUUUCCCUUUCAGUUUACUCCCUUUUCACAGACUUCACCCCAGCCUUCUCCAGCCCCAGCAGCGAUGCGGUUUCCAGGUUCUUACUGGGACCCCCAACUCGCAGCUACACAGCAGUGUAUGAAUAAUUCAGAUUUCAUACCAAUAGUCAGCUCUCACUUGAUCUCUGAAGACUAUAGGUUCCAAAACCAGCCCCAGUUCAUGGGUCUGGAGGAUCAGUUAGAACCAGUCCACCCAGGACUCUCAGGAUGUCCUAGUGAUUGCUAUUGCCUCGAAGCUGCAUUGGGAAAUCUGAGUAUAAGGGGAACCCGACAUUCUCGGGGCCUAUCUGAGUUUCCUGUUAAGGUUUGUCACUAUUUCAACAAGGGGUUCUGUAAGCAUGGCAGUAACUGUAGGUACCUUCAUGGACAAUCCUUUCCAGAGAACUGCCAUAAUAUGUUUGAUCGUAAUUCAAUGGAAGUUGGUAAUGAAGAUCAAGUUUUCUUGCCUGGGACACUUGAGAAACUAGAAUUUGAAAUCACAGAGCUUCUGAAAUCUAGACGAGGCAACCCUGUUUCAAUUGCUUCUCUGCCUAUGAUGUAUUAUGAGAAAUAUGGAAGGACUCUUCAAGCUGAAGGUUAUCUCACCGAGAGUCAGAGACAUGGUAAAGCUGGUUUUAGUUUGACAAGGCUUCUUGCUCGAUUGGAAAACAGCAUUCGGGUGAUUGACAGACCUCAUGGGCAGCACUCAGUGAUUUUGGUGGAAGAUGUGCCAAAGUACAUGGAUUCCCAGUGUGAAAGGAAUUACCCCGGUCCAAUUGUUAGUGGUUCUCGACAGAUUUAUCUAACUUUUCCUGCAGAGAGCACUUUUACCGAGGACGAUGUCACUGACUACUUCAAUGGCACCUUUGGGACAGUUGAAGAUGUAAGGAUUCCCUGUCAGCAGAAACGGAUGUUUGGUUUUGUAACAUUUGUGAGUGCAGAUACUGUGAGGAUGAUUUUGUCAAAGGGAAAUCCACACUAUAUACGUGGAUCUCGUGUUCUUGUGAAACCAUAUAGGGAAAAAUCAAAGCUCGUUGACCGGAAGUACUGUGAGAAACUUGAUUCUCCAAUGCUUUACCAUUCGCACCAUCUAGACAUGGAUUGUGAGCUUCACGCAAGUUGGGAAUCAUCAAGAUUGCUCAGGAAGCAGCUAAUGGAAGAGCAUGAACAUGUCCUUGACCUUGAGAGAAGGCGUCUGUCAGAGCUGCAGUUAGCACAAAAAUCACUGGCCAAUCAUUCCUGUUUUCAGUCCUCCAUGGAUGAGCUGAAAGUUUCUGAAGGCCAUUCCAAGUUCCCAUCAGCAAAACGUCUUGGAUAUCUGCUAAAUGCUUUGAACAGUGAUUCAGCAAGUGAUUAUGACAUACAUCAUACUGACAUUAAUCAUUCGGACCUGGAGAGGGGUCAAGGACAUAAUCUCCCAGAUAGCCCUUUUGCAUCUCCAGUUGCAGACAGCAUUUCUACAAUCGUAUAGAUUCAGGAACACAGAAAUUACAGAGCUCAUAGAGUGUGCCAAUUUUCAAGGGCAAAAAUCAUAGGUUUGACAACUACAGUUAUUUUUCCGCUUUCCCCUUUUUGCAACUCGUUCGUUAGUCAGUCGAUGUUCCCUGAAAGUACAUACUUGCAAAGGAAGAAGAAUCAUCAGCAGAGUAUUCUCCCCAUCACUUGGGUUGAAGGAGUUAGGAAAGAAGAAUAGGACAGAGAAAUAGUACUACACAUAAGAAGGUUCUACAGUUUUUUAUAUUUGAUGUUAAUUACAGAGAGAAGGCAGAAGUUCUGACUCUUUAGAACAGAGUAAAAUAGGGGUAGAUGAUGAAAGGAAUAUACAGAUGCAUGGUUUCAGGGAGUGAAAAUAUCUUGACAAUCUUUGUUAACUCCAAGCAAUAAAUGAAAAUUACUUCAGUCAGAGGGUGAGUAGCAUCUUAUACUGCUAACUUGUUGA